AUGCCCGACACAAGCUACGCCGCCAAGGCGAAGUAUAGCUUCCUGGACGACUACAGCGAAGGCGCUCACCCACGGCUCCUGGAGGCACUCAUUACUAGCAACCACACUCAGGAAACCGGAUACGGUAAUGACAGAUACUCGGCCGAGGCCAAGAGAAAUAUUCGUGCCCACCUAGGCCGCGACGAUGUUGGAGUCUUCUUCGUCCCCAGCGGUACGUCGGCCAAUGCCAUCUCCAUUGCUGCGUGCCUUCGACCGCACGAGGCGGUAAUCGCCGCCAGCUCCGGUCACAUUGUCACGAGGGAGACUGGCGCCGUCGAGGCGAGCGGCCACAAGAUCAUCAACGUGCCCCCGACGAAUGGCAAGUUGACGCCCGAGACCAUCACCAAGGCGCUGGACGACAAUUGGCACUUCCCGCACAUGGCCAAGCCUCGGCUGGUGUACAUCUCCAACGCCACCGAGGUGGGCACCGUCUACUCCAAGGAAGAACUGACGGCCAUCAAGGCGCUCUGCGAGUUGAAGGGACUCUUGCUGUUCAUGGACGGUGCCCGCGUCGGCGCCGCCCUCACCUCGACAAAGAACGACAUGACACUUGCCGACAUUCUCGAGCUGACCGACAUCUUCUGGAUCGGGGGCACCAAGAACGGCGCGUUGCUCGGCGAGGCUGUGAUUGUGAAGCACCCCGGGCUCGCGGAGGAUUUCGACUUUUACAUCAAGCAGCACGGGUCCCUCCUGGCCAAGAGCCGCAUCAUGGGCGUCGAGUUUGCCGAGCUCUUCCGAGGCGACCUGUACUACGACCUCGCUCGACGGGCAAACGGCGCGGCGGAGAAGCUGUCGCGGACCAUUGUCGGGGCCGGCUACAUGCUGCGCGCGGAGACGGAGACGAACCAGGUGUUUGCCAUCCUCCCGACGGAUCUCGUGCAGGAGCUGCAAAAGGACUUUUCAUUCUACGUCUGGGAAAAGUGCGGCGAGGAUUGGGCCGUGGUGCGACUUCUCACCACCUGGGCCACGGACGUCGGGCAGCUGGAGAAGUUCAACCAGACGGUGCUGGGCUGGGCUCCGUAA